AUGCGAUCUUUAUCCGUCCUGCCAGUGCUCUCGACACUUUCCCUACUCCUCAACUACGCGCUCCACGCAGCCGCAACCCCGCUCGCAGCUGAAGCAGACAUCUUCGGAGAAAACAGGCUUGAAAAGCGCUGCGAUAAUCCAUGUGGCUAUAAUGACUGGCUUUGCUGUGAGACCGGUCAGACGUGCAGUACCAACAGUGCUCAAGAGGCCGUCUGUGCAGAUAGCAGCAGUGGGGACUAUCAAUAUUACACAACGACCUACGUGCUCACAAAUACCGACCUCACAACUGUUACCUCUGUAUGGAGCAGCCAGAUAGCUGCUACUACAAGCGCGGGCACGUGUAGAGCCGACCUCGGCGAGACGACGUGCGGCACGACUUGUUGCGACGCUGCGCAAGAAUGUGACAAUGGCCAAUGUGUCGCUGAAAGCUCUUCGGCUAUUGUGACUGCUACUGCUACAGGAACAGAUUCCGGGUCAGAAGCCACGCCGGGCGUGCGAGGGACGAGCAAUGGGGCAAGCACCGUGACGGCAACCUCUGCCCCAACCACCACGGAGGGAUUCACAGCGCCGGUUGGAACAGACGGGGCGGAUUUGAUUGGGGCCCAAGCCUCAGGUGGCGGACUGAGUGGUGGUGCCAUUGCAGGAAUUGUCAUCGGCAGUAUUGUCGGUGCGUUCUUGUUGCUACUCCUCUGCGCCUGCAUCUGCUUCAGGGGCGUCUUGGCUGGGUUGCUUGCAGCGCUCGGCAUCGGCAAGAAGCGCCGCAGACAGGAAACAACCUAUGUUGAAGAGCGCCAUUCCCACCACUCGCAUGGUAGUCGGCCUCCUCCUCCUGCUCCUGCCCGGCGAACGUGGUUCGGAUCCAGACCAGCCGCGGAAGGCAGUGACGUUAGCGAAAAGAAAGAGUCCAAAUGGGGCUGGGGCACAAUUGCCAUUAUCUUCGGUGCUCUUGCUCUAUGUUUGGGAUUGAGGAGAUCGAGAGAGCACGACGACGCCAAGACCGAGUCCUCCUACCCAAGUUCAUACUACUACUAUUCCGACUAUUACUCAGGGAGUAGUAGCCGAAGUUCUGACAGACGAACGAGGGAUACGCGACGGUCACGACAGUCGCGCACCCGUCCAUGA